CGUAUUACUUUUAAAUAUCUAAAUUUUAAUUUUAAAAUGUUAAAUUGAUAUAAUCUAAUUUGUCUAUAAAAAUUAGUCAAAUUAACUAUCACGUGUGCCUAUGUUGUCCAGUAAUGUUAACCAGUAAAUGAAGGGGCCGAAAGAGUUUUGCUCUUUGGCCAGUGCUGCAUGAGGAAAGCUACUUCAUUAUCAACGAUUUCGAAUCAUUCUAACAUCCAAAAAUAUUUCUCUAAGUAUGCUCUGAAAUUUCACUCCUCAAACUCAACUAUAAACCUUUCUCAUGGACAAAAUAUCAAAUACCAAAGGCUCAUUCAAUUACUUCAAGAACCACUUGUGGUUCAACCCCUCAACACAACCAAGGCCCUUCAUGCACUCACUUUCACAAUGGGGCCGGACCCAACUCAACCCUUUUUGGCUCAUAAUACCAUUAUGUCUAAAUAUUCUACAUUCGGUGAUAUCCGCAUUGCACGCCAAGUGUUUGAUAAAAUGUCUAAAAGAAAUGUUGUGUCAUAUAAUACAAUGAUUAGUGCUUAUAGUCGCAAUGGAAGUUUAUUAGAAGCUUGGGAACUGUUUUCUGAGAUGAGGGGUUGUGGAUAUGUGCCAACUCAGUUUACUUUUGGUGGAAUCUUGGGUUGUGAGUGUUUGGAUAUUAUUGAAGGAUUUCAGUUGCAAGCAUUGGCUGAAAAAUUGGGUCUUUUUCAUGUUGAUGCUUAUACAGGGACUGCAUUAUUGGGUUUAUUUGGCAGGCUAGGAUGCUUAGAUGAAGCUAUGCAGGUGUUUGAUGAAAUGCCUAAAAGGAAUUUGGUGACUUUGAAUUGUAUGAUAUCAUUGCUUGGACAGAAUGAAUGUGUUGAAGAGGCGAUGCUCGUGUUCAGGAAGUUAAUAAGGGGCGGGAUGGGUCCUUCUGAGAGCACUUUCGUGGGCAUAUUGUCUGGUUUUGUAGGGGAACUUGGUUUAGUAUUAGGGGAACAAGUACACGGGUUGGUAGUGAAAAAUGGACUUAAUUUUUCUGUUUUAGUGAGUAAUUCAUUGAUUAAUAUGUAUGCGAAAUGCUCUGAUACACAUAUGGUGGAGAAAAUGUUUGAGGAAGUUCCUGUUAAGGAUGUUGUGUCAUGGAAUACAAUGAUUAGUGCAAUGGCAAAGAGUGAAAAAGCGGAUAGAGCAUUGAUUGUUUUCAGGAAAAUGUGUGUAAGUGGUGUAUUGCCUAAUGAUACGACUUAUGUGAGUGCCCUAAACUGCUGCACUAGCCAGCAGUUUCGAUUGCUUGGGAAGUCCAUCCAUGCGAAAGUAAUCCAGAGAAAGUUUGAAUCCGAUGUAUAUGUUGGUAGUGCUUUACUUGACUUUUAUUUUAAGUGUGAUAAAUUGGAUGAUGCUCAUUUUUGCUUUGAUGAAAUAUCCGAGAAGAAUGUGGUUUCUUGGAAUACCUUAAUGCUGGGUUACUCAAGUAAAGGUUCUUCUUAUACUAUUUCGCUGCUUCGACAAAUGAUUCUAUCGGGUUAUCAUCCAACUGAGUUUACAUUUUCUAUUGCUGUGAAAUCGUCUGGACUAUUGGAAGUACUUCAGCUCCAUUCCUUGUCUAUAAAAAUGGGUUACAUUGAUAAUGAUUAUGUCUCUAGCAGUCUCAUUUCUUCAUAUGCAAAAACUGGUUCGGUUGAUGAUGCCCUAAGUUUUGUCACUGCCAAUGACAUGCCACUUCCUGUUGUUGCAUCCAAUAUGAUCGCAAAUAUUUAUAACAGAAACGGGCAAUUUGAUAAGACUCAAGAAUUGUUUUCUGACCUUGAAAAUCCGGAUGCUGUAUCUUGGAAUAUUUUGAUUGCGGCCUGUUCUCGAAAUGGUGAUUAUGAAGAAGUUUUUGAACUCCUUGGGCAUAUGCGGCUAGCUAGGGUCUCUCCUGAUAAAUACACGUAUGUUAGCCUCUUUAGUGUGUGCACCAAGCUUUGUAACCUCGGUCUAGGUAGCUCACUUCAUGGCCUCAGUGUAAAGACUGAUAUUAAGCGUUGUGACACAUUUGUCUGCAAUAUAAUGAUUGACAUGUAUGGCAAAUGCGGGAGUCUUGCAAGUUCUAUCAAGAUCUUCAAUGAAAUGACGAGUAGAAAUGUGAUCUCGUGGACAGCCAUUGUUUCAGCCCUUGGACUUCACGGUUAUGCAUAUGAGGCAUUGGAGAAAUUCAAGGAGAUGGAUAUGACGGGGAUUCAACCUGAUAAGGUUGCUUUCAUAGCUGUGCUUUCAGCAUGUAGACACGUUGGAUUAGUGAAAGAGGGGAUGGAAUUGUUUGGGCAGAUGAAAGGGAACUAUGGGGUAGAACCAGAGAUGGAUCACUAUCUUAUUGCAGUGGACUUGCUGGCUAGGUAUGGCUAUUUGACAGAAGCCGAGCAGUUAAUCAAUGGGAUGCCUUUCCCUCCAAAUGCUCUAAUAUGGCGCAUUUUUUUGGAAGGCUGCAAGAAGAAAAGAAGCAUAGAUGACGCUCUCACUCUUGCUUCAUAAAAUAUUCUCAAGCCAGUGGAAUAUUAAUGAAGAGGGUGAUGCAGAGUACUGCUGUUGAACUUUAUCUAAUCAUCAUGUUAAUGAAGAUUUACAUAAAUUUCUGAAAUCAGGAAGAUUUAUCGUUUUCUCCCAACAGAACAAACAGGAAACUGGUAUAGUGAGGUAAUAUUGAAUGUUAUCUCUUGAUAAAAUGAUGUGCCCUCGACAGGUUACAAGGUCCAUUGAUUAUUAAAGAUAAAUAAGUUCAUUA